CGCCUCGAUUCAACCUGGGUUGAGCUCGGGAUGCUGCUUUCCGGGCGAUGGUUCCCUAUUCAAAGCUCAGGAAAUGCAUCUUAGGCACGAAGGGGAAUGUGGUGCCCAAGCAGGCGCUUGCUUCUCCCCCGCGUUUCGGGCAUGGGGUGUGGAUCUCGCGUGUACGCGCACACUUCGCCACCUGUGAGUCCAGCAAGGCUGAGUCUCCAGAGGAGCAGAACUCGGUCUCUGGACCAGAAGGCGCAGAAGCAACAGAGCAGCCGCCGCCGCCGCCCCCUUUCCCAUUCGCUUCAUUUUGGGGACUGGGUUAUCCAUCCUUGUAUAUGUGCAAGCCCAAGAGAGGUAUGAAGAGGGACGAGAGCAAGGAAACAUACAAACUGCCACAUAGAUUGAUAGAGAAGAAAAGAAGAGACCGGAUUAAUGAGUGCAUUGCUCAGUUGAAAGAUUUAUUGCCUGAGCAUCUGAAACUGACAACACUAGGGCAUCUGGAGAAAGCUGUAGUUUUGGAAUUAACUUUGAAACACUUAAAAGCUUUAACAGCCUUAACAGAGCAGCAGCAUCAGAAGAUAAUUGCUUUACAGAAUGGGGAGAGAUCUUUGAAGUCUCCUCUGCAAUCUGACCUGGAUGCUUUCCAUUCAGGAUUCCAGACAUGCACCAAAGAAGUCAUGCAGUACCUCUCCAGAUUUGAAAGAUGGACUCCAAGAGAGCAGAGAUGUGCCCAGCUCAUCAACCACCUGCACUCUGUUUGCACACGGUUCCUCCCCAGCCCCCAGCUCCUGACUCCAAAGAUUUGUGCAGGCAAAGGACCCUGCCCCACCUCCUCCGCCUCUUCCUGUGUGCAGCGAGAUCACACUGGCCCAAAGCUGGAGAGGCAGCCAAAUUGUGUGCCAGUCAUUCAGAGGACUCAGAAUGCGAGUAGCAAGCAUAAAUUCAGCCACCAUCCAAUGGGUCGUGUGGAGCUUGGUGGGGAGAAUGACACGGAUACAGAUAGUGGCUAUGGCGGUGAGUGCGAGGGAAGACCAGAAGGGGACAAAAGGCAAGGCAACCUGAUGAUCAAGCAGGAGCCCUCUGGGGAUGAGGCACCUCCAGCAGCCAAAAGGCUGAAGAUGGAUUGCAGCAGCACCUCUUCGGCAGUGUUGAGCCCAGACCAAGCAGCAGCUGGUUCAGCCCUUCUCAGCUCCCUGGUGGCUUUUGGAGGUCUGGGGGGAGGAGGAUCUCCCUUUGCCCAACAACCUGCUGCUCCCUUCUGCCUGCCUCUCUGCUUCAUCUCCCCCUCAGCAGCAGCUGCCUACAUGCAGCCCUUCCUGGACAAGAGCAACCUGGAUAAAUACUUUUACCCAGCAGCAGCAGUCGCUGCUGCUGCUACUCCAAUUCCUUGGAUCUACCCAGGGAUUCCAGCUCAGGCUGCAGCUGCUGCUGCGGCUGCGGCCUUCCCCUGUUUCUCCUCAGUAUUGGUACCAGGAGAGAAAAACAGCUUGGCCUCAGCAACGUCUACCGAUGUGGCUUCUUCUGGCCAGCACCUCCCCCAUCCAUUUACCUGCAACCCAGGUGGGCUCCAUGGGGACAUGGACCUCCCUUCCCAAGAGGAGCAUUUGCAGUCUGCAGAGGAAAAUCCUUGAGUGAUGCGACAUCAUUUCUAAAGGAAACCACACAGUUCAUGCUUCCUACUUGACAGGAAGGAUCCAUCAUUCCCAAGAAUGAGAAGCAACCCUCACCCCACCCCUGUUUCUUUGUGUGCUUAAGGGAAAGCUUACUAGGCUGACAGUUUAUUCUUUUUCUUUUAUUAAAAGAUUAGGUUCUCCCUCUCCCACAAAUAUUUUUGGAGAGCUCCUUGUCCCCCCCCCCAAUGCUGUGUGUGUGUUUAAAAUUUUAUUUACACAAAUGUUGUGAUGUUGCAGAAUUCCAUCCCCCAGUUGAACUGAAACAAAAGCAAAUGGAAAAGACUCCCUUAGGGGUGGAGGAAAUGGCUCUUUCUUCGUAAGAGAAGUUUGCUUAACAAUUCAGAAGGCCUAAAGAAAAGGGCAGGGGCUGCAGCAUCUGGAACUGGGGAGUCAGGAUGCGAGAUAUACCGUAUACUGUACCAGACCAUACCAUAACUGCAGGCACUUUAAUAAUGAUUAUGUAUAGACUGUAAUGGAACUUACUCAAGUGGGCAUAACGAAGCAGGAAGCUCUGCACAAGCCCCAGUGAAAUAAGCAGGAACUACUUUAAAGUGCUCUUGAAUUUUAGUGGGGUUUGCAAAGGAAAGUUCCAUAGUAGAUUGUGCUCCUGGCAGGGCAAGCUUCAGCAUAAAAUGCUUCCUGGUCCAGAAAUCCAGGAAUCGGUUUCCUGGUAGUAACCAAGUCAACAAACAGGCAAACUGCUUACUUAAGAACGGCCCAACUGAAGCCCGUGUCACUACUCUGGAUGAGAGAAAGUUGUCUUGAGAAUGGUAGCCUAAGAAUUACAGAGAAUUUGCUUCUCUAUUACUGACUUCUUAAUUGGUGGCUCCAUACAAGAAUCAUUGGGCAGAAGCCAGUAAAAUUUAAGUGCAAUGCAACUGCAUUGAAAUCACUGGAGUUGCCAUCUGAUUCUGCCAGAUAGCAACUUUAUUUUACCUUUAUUCAGAGCUUAGGAACCAUUUAUUUCAAUGGGCUAUAUUUUACCUUUGCCACAUGCAAUGCUUGGAGGAGUUUGGUUAGUUAGGAGUUUGUGGAAAUGGGGUUUGGGAGAAAAAAUGAAGGUAAGCUAGCACUUUAUUGAGAAACAGAUCAUGAACAGACCUUGUUCAUGUAUUUUUAUUGUCUUGCAUUUUUAGAGCUACCCCUGGCAUUUGCUCAAGGGACGGAAGAACUGUCCCAUUAUGUAGUUUCUUAUUUGCUAAAGCAAGUGCAUUUUCCUACAUCUUAAUGCUUAGUUUUGCUGUGUUCCUGAUAUUAAAUUACCUUGUUGUAUGUGAAGGAACAUCACUGCACUGGACUAACAAGAAAAAAGACACCCCACACCAUUAACAGUACAAUCCUAUUUACUCAGAAAUAAGUCUCGCUGUCUUCAGUGGGGCCUACUCCCAGGUAAGUGUGCAUAGGAAUGCAGCACAAUCUAGCCUUAGAUUGUAUCCUGAAGGAAGAAAUAAGUUUACUGUCCUGAUCUUGUGCCUUUAACCGUGGCCUAAACACAAAAGCCCCAAGCAAGCAGUCCUAGAGAGGAGUAUGCCUUCCCAUAAGCAGUAAAAGACACAGCCAGUCCAUACAGUGGUCCCAGAAGACCAUCAUGCUGUGAAUAAGAACAGCGAAAUUGGAAUCUCCAGCAGUUCAGUGUGUGGUUCUUCCUUGGUAGAUUGGGGUGAAAGAAAGUGCUGCUUUUCCUGGCAUGGAGAUAAAAGCUAACUGCAAAGCUUCACUUGCAUAAUAUAUGUGCAUGAGGCCACCGUUGAAAGGCACAGCCACUAACAUAAGCUAAAAGAGGUUACAAAUCAUAAUUAAAAAUGGUGUGUUGGUAACUGGGUAAAAGUGGGAUAAGGUUUCCUUGCAAGGUUUUUCUGUCUCCAGAUAUCCCAAUUUCCCUUUCUGGAGACUGUUGCCAGACACCAGAUAAUCACACAGCUAAAGCUUUGUUAAUAAGGUUUAAGCCAAGAACCUUGCCUAGAUAUUUUUAGUUUGUUGCCAAGGUAGCACUGUGAGAAAUCUCACUUGAAUGUUAUGUAAGAGGUGAGACACAACAGUCUAUGAGUGAAUAUGCCUGGGUCUGUUAGUCAUUUUGAGUGAAUUUGCUGCUAUUGCUGUUGCUACUGUUUGCCUCAAACACUGUUUUUAAACAAUGUUGGUCCUUUUUUCUUUUCUUUUUUUAAAUCUUACUAGCCUACAGAGUGUCUGUAUGUAAAUAGUUAAUACAUUCAAUUAAUGAUGUCCGACAUGCUAUUUUUGUAGGAAGAAGAUUGAGUAAUGAUAAUUGAGUUUAAAUAUAUCCCUUUUGAUGAGGAAUUGCUGAAAAACAAAGUUGCACUUUUGUUACAAUGCUUAAUGCUUGGUACAAGCUUAUGCUGUCUUAAAUUAUUUAAAAAAUAAAAUAAAUACUGUCUGCAAGAAACCAGCUGUUUAAAGAACACUUUAAGUAUGAGAGAUAAUAGGAAUCAAUCUUUAUAUUCGUUCUUUUCCAGCACUCCAUGAAUUCUACUAUAAAAAAUAUUUCCACAAUAUUUUGUGAUUUAAACAAAAAAAUAUUCUUACUAAAGAAUAAAUUUUUUAAAUACAAA